ACCACAUUUUCCUCGCUGGGUUUUGGUCCAUUUGGCGUUUUCUUGUAGGGUUUCGCACCAUUCUCCUUCUGUUUGGUUGGUUUUGCAAAGCAUCAGCGCCCAAGGGAGGAAGUGCUGCGAGAUGGGUCACUUGUACGCUCUAGACUUCGAUGGCGUUUUGUGCGACAGCUGCGGCGAGAGCUCCCUCUCCGGUCUUAAGGCUGCUAAGAUUCGAUACCCAGAGCUUUUUACAGGCGUAGACACAGCUACGGAGAACUGGAUUCUUGACAGCAUGCGCACUGUGCGGCCAGUAGUGGAGACUGGAUAUGAAAACAUUUUGCUUGUGCGGCUGCUUUUAGAGAUCAAGGUCCCUCACGUGCGGAAGUCUUCGGUGGCGGAGAAACUGUCUGUGGAAGACAUUUUGGUAGAUUGGGAGCAUGGCAUCAAACCAGUGGUGAUGAAAGAGUGGAAUGAGAGUAACAAAGAGGAGCUGGUGGAACUUUAUGGGAAAGUGCGUGAUGAGUGGAUGGAGCAUGAUUUUCACGGCUGGAUUGGUGCUAAUAGCUUCUACCUAGGGAUAGCAGAUGCUUUGAAAUGGUCAUCAUCGACCGUGUUCAUCGUGACAACAAAACAAGCUCGAUUUACGUCAGCACUGCUUAAGGAAUUAGCGGGUGUUGACUUCCCAAUGGAUCGCAUAUACGGCCUUGGUAGUGGACCCAAAGUCGAGGUGUUAAAGCAGCUGCAAGAGCGAGUUGAACAUGAAGGCUUGACCCUCCAUUUUGUGGAAGACAGACUUGCCACGCUGCGCAACGUCAUCAAGCUCCCAGCACUUGACAGUUGGAACUUGUACUUAGGUACCUGGGGUUACAACACCCGAAGUGAAAGAGAAGAAACGGUCAGCAUUUCACGUAUUCACGUCCUUGAUCUUCCCCACUUCUGUGCACGAUUGAAGUAAAAGUUCCUAGUGGCGUUAAGUCUUCAAUUAUCGGCGUCCGCUAUGUCAUUGUUAGGUGCCCUUACCAAUUGAUUGAUUUAGAUUUGCAUUCGUUUUCAUUUUAUAUGUGCAGAUAUCACAUCAUUUAUAUUAAAACGGUCGAUUGAACUCGCAUCA